AUGGCUGAUGUUGAUUAGACCAGAGCCAGAGCCCAUUACUCUGGAUUAGACCAAUCCGUGCUUUUACACAUCUGCGUCAUCUGACCACAUUUGUAGUGCUGCACGCGGGAGUCAUAAAUCCUGAUUUGAUACAGGAUCUUAUUUUUUCUCCUGACUUUUGGGGUUUACAGAGCAGACAUUGAUCAGGCAGGGGAGAUGUUGAGCUCCAAGCUGCUGACCCUGGUUCUGGUGGUGCAGCCGGGCAGGGUGCUGCUCGGCAUGAAGAAGAGGGGGUUCGGGGCCGGGAAGUGGAACGGUUUUGGGGGAAAGGUUCAACCUGGAGAAACUAUUGAAGAGGCUGCAAGGAGAGAGCUGCAAGAAGAAAGCGGUCUCACGGUGGAUGCUCUCGAGAAGGUCGGAAACCUCAAGUUUGAAUUUGUUGGAGAAACGGAGCUGAUGCAUGUCCAUGUUUUCAGAGCUGACAGUUAUAAUGGAGAGCCAACAGAGUCAGAAGAAAUGCGGCCUCAGUGGUUUGAUCGUGACCAGAUUCCCUUCAGUGAAAUGUGGGCUGAUGACGUCCUGUGGUUCCCACUGAUGUUCCAGAAGAAGAAAUUUGUCGGAUACUUUAAGUUUCAGGGUCAUGAUGUGAUCCUCAGCCAGAAACUGGAGGAAGUGGAGGAACUGUGAGACAUCCUGUGUUCCUGAGGACAUUUAUGACUGUGACAACAAGAAUUGGGCUUCCAAAUGUCUUCUUUAAACAGCAAGACUCUGAGGACUAAACCUCGCACAUGGAGAGUUUUACAUGUAAAAUGUUAUUGAUUUAUUUUUUCAAUGAUAAAUAAAAAAACAAUCAAAGCAGAAGUAUAUCGACAGAAAUAUUCAUUCGGUUAUUUUAUUUUCAGUAUAAGUGAUUCAACACAAUUUAGCAAGGCUUUGUUUCAUAAAGUAUUUACAAUAUCUACAGGUAUAAUUCAAUUGGAUUUCAUAUUCUGUGCAAGUUAGUAAACCUGAUUCCUGAUACUUCUUUCCUGACAAAACAAAUGUGUUUCAUACUGUUUUAUAGUUAAUCAUAAAAUAAAAGUUUCUGUGAGGUAACGUGA